ACCUUAGAGAAACCAAAUCACCCCUGGUCUCAGAUUUUUCAUCUGUAAAAUUAAAGGUUGGACUAGUUGGCCUCUAAAGUUCCCAGAUGGCUCAAAAUACCAAGAUAAAGAGAGCCGCUGUUUCCAAGGGGCUUCUAGUUCUUUUCCACAAGAUAAUUAAAAAGAAGUCAUCAUGAGGCCCCAGGAGUGGGUUACUUCCACACCUGACUGGGCGUGGGGAUGGGGACUGUGGAGGUGACACCAGCUGGGAAGGCUAAAGUCUCCUAGGCCUUCACUCAAGGCCUUCCUCAAGUGUAGAAGGAGAGAAACCUUGACCUUGUGGGGCUGCCCCACCUUACAUGUGGAUGCCGGUCUCUCUGAGGCCACGUGUUCGUUCCUGGCCUCCCAUUGGUCACUUCCUAAAAUGGGACCUGGUCAUGUGGAUAACAGGUGGGCGGAGCCUCAAGCGGAGGUGAGGUCCAAGUGUCACCACGAAAAGGUCUUUCAACCGCUUCCUCCCACUGAAAUUUCCUUUGUGACAAAGAAAAGCAAUAAAGAAAAAUAUCAAAUCUGACAAUGCAUACAACAUUCUGACUGGCAGUAGUAGUCCUUCCAACUUUCUGAAGAGAGGGAGAAGAAUCCUAAGAAAUGAACUUUAAUGUCUGGAAUGUCAAAGAAAUGCUCAGCAUUCCCCCAGGCCCAGGGACUAAUAAGUCAUCUAGUUGGAAUAAUAAUCUUAAUGAUUACUCCAGCCUCACUGAUUCCCAGUUCCUCUUUGGAUCCCAAUUCUGUCCGGAGAAUUCACAAUCACUUUCAGCAUCUUUGGACUUCAGUACUCAUUUGAGACAUGCCAAAACUUCGCAAUCCGAGGAUAGUGAACCCAGUGUUUUCACAAAGUAUCAGGCAAAACCGCAGCUAUUUGGGGGAGAUACAAAGGAUGAAAAGUUACUUCUUCCUCAUUUGCCUAUGGGAAAAUCAAAAAGUAUCUUGGAGCAAUUUGAGGAGAAUAAGAAGAGAGCACAAGAUAAACAGGACAGUGAGGCUCUAAACAGCUUUAUUUCCUAUGUCAGAGAAAGUAUGCACAAGUUGCAAACAUCUGUGGAAAAGUUGGAAGAAGAACUUAGUUCAAGAAAUCAGACUGUUUUGGAUUCAUUGGAAGCAGUUGCUAAGACAUUGCAAGAGAGUGCCCAAGCUCACUGUGACUUGAUGUUAGAUGCUUUACGAGACAGAAGCAGAAUAGAGCAAAGAGCCCUGGAGUUGGAGAGACUACUUGAAACUAGAGAGGCAGAAUUUUUAGAUAUGAAAUCCAGUCUGAAGAAUCUUGAAGUCCUAGCAGCUGAACAGAGUAAACAGCACCAGAGGCUGUGUGACCAGUUGGAUCAGCUCAACUUCCCCAAAAUGCAGUCACUUGAUUUAGAAGCUCAGCUGUCCUGCCAUGUGAAUGAUAGAAGUCCCCAGACCGUUUCAGCUCUACUUCAGGCCUCCAAUCUCAGCAGGAAGGGGACAUCAAUCUCCAAAUCAUCAGAUAUUAGUGAAACCAUCAUGCUUCCUCCUCACCUGAAUCCCCUAGCAUCAUCACACCAAAGUGAAAAAUGUAGUGCAGAAAAACAGGAAGCUAAGGAUGAAACUCACAGACCUCUUGACAAGAAAAAUCAGAAUGGAAAGGAUGAAGCUGUGCAAACUGAUUUAGAACCACAGGACCCUGCUAAGAAGUGGUCUGAAAGCUGGGACUCCAGUAGCAAGAUUUAUGGGGAUCAUUGCAAAAGGGACUUAGUAGUUCAAGAAACAUCUCAGUUUCCAUCAAUGGCUGUGAAGGACUUGGGCACUAAGGCCAAGCCCACAUGUAUCCUGCAGGAGUGUCAGCCAACAGCUUUAUUUUGUAGUAACACACAUGAUCAAAACAAAGUGCAAGAACAGAAAGGCAUGAGUGUGGAUGUAAGAAAAAGAGGAAAGAGAAAAAAGCCCAGGAAAAGUCAAAGAGGCUCAUUUAUAAAAAGGAAGAGUUCAGGCCUUUUAAGAAAUACCUUUACAUUUAACUCAAGAAUAGGAGGUCCCCAGGCUGCAGCCCCUAAGCAACGAAAUGUGUUUCUGGGUCAAGUGGAGAAUCCCAGACAGCCCGUGCCACUUCUGUGUCCCCAUAAGACUGUACAGCCUGUAGUGAAAGUAAGAAGAAAGGCAGAGAAGGCAGAAAGGGCAGAUAGCCCCCACAAAGCAGCCAACAACUUCUUCCUCAAUGAUUACUCUUCUCAGGAAACUUCUUCUCCCUUUCCAAACAGUACUGAAGGUGAUAAAUACAUGAGCUGGUUCAGUAAUAUCAAUUCUGACAACUCGGAGAGCUCUAAUGCCAUGGAAGCUGAAGAAAACACAUUUUAUGCCAUUGUUUUUGAUAGCAGUGAUGAUGACAAUAGAGCCUAAUCGUUCUUUGAGUCUCCUGAAACAACCACCACUCCUUCCUGACCAUCCUGCAGAGGUGGCUGUGCUAAUAAUUACUCUCUUUUUCUAGCUGGGAUGGCGAGGUGAAAUGCAUCAUUCUGAGCCUUAUCUCGGGGUCAGAAGAAGACUCUGGAACACAUAUGCCCAAAUGAAAUUCACUUCGAAGCCAAAUCUACAGAUCAGUCUUUUUAUUCUGACUCCGAUGAUUGAUGUCCAAAAAGUUGGAUCAGAACUUUGUCUUUGAUGUGGCUAAGAUUACUUUAGAAACAAAAUGUAAAUUAGAGACUCAACCAAUAUGUCCUUUAUCCUCAUUAUUACAAUGAUGAUUUAGUUUACAUAUCAUUGUUUUCUGAGGGAAUAUCAGUUUUAUUAUUGAGGGUUUAAUUAGUAGGAGAUGACCUUAGCUAGAAGAAUAACUUGUUCUGUGGAAUUACGGACAUUUCCAAUGUUUUGCUUCUAUGGGAUUUGAGUAUUUCUAGUUUUAGCUUGUCAUUCCAGUUUUUCAUUAUUUCUUCUCCUGUUAGUAGUUAAUGUUGCUGUAAGUAGUUUGUUUAUUGGUCAACAAAUACACUGUCAAGCAUAUAAAUAUGUACUGUAUACACUGUUGGGAGCCAAGGCAAAAUUAAUCAUCUUGAAAACAUGGAAUUUUAAAACCUUUGACAAAACUAUAAAAAUUGACAUGUCCUACAUAAGUGCUGUAGUAUUACUGUUUGUAUUCCACAAUUAACUGUAUUUACACUUCCCUCCUUAUUUUCACAGGAUUUUAAAGUUGAAAGGGACCUGAGAGAUCAUCUAGUCUAACCCUCUCAUUUUUACUGACAGUCAGAUAGGCUAAAAAUCUAACAUGACACGGUAAUAAAUAGCAAAGCAGGGAUUUGAGGGUUCUGAGACCAAAUCCAUUGCUCAUUCUGCUACACCUGGCUACCUUCCUAUAAUUUCAAGCAGUUCUAAAUACACAUUAUCUCCUUUUUUUGUACUUAUUUAGACUUCUCAUGAUAAAUUUGAAUCAAAACCCUCCUAUGUUUGUUCUUGAUUUCCAUAUUUCCUUCAUGAAUUUUAGUUAAUGAUUUUGUUUGGAAAUUUCCUUUUAGAUUUGAAUGAAUAUUUUCCUGUUAUGCUGUUAGAGAGGUAGGUUAUUCCUGUCUUGUGACUCCUAUAGCUUCCCCCUUAGUUGCUGGAUCUGUUUGCCUUCCAGAUAGUAUUUAUUGAAAACAAUGAUAUUUUCAUCACUUGAGAAACAGAAAUAUCCUGUGGUCAGUUUUGCCUGAAUAAGAGCAGUACUACUUCAGGUAUUGACUUCAUUUGUUUUCUCUGGGAAAGUCAUCUGACUCCUAAGAGAGAGGUCUAGAAAGGGAUCUGGUUUUCUAGGCUUUGGGCAUAACUGCAACCUGUCCUGUUUUCUUUGUUUCUGUCCUCUUCCCCUCAUGAUUUUGCAAUGAACAGGAGGGAAGAAUUGCUGCUCAGAGACUCUUAGUCUCAGUUCAUAUCAUAAGGCUUGUGGGCUAGAGGCUUUGUUUUUGGAAUUAUUGGAAAUUUUAUGUUAUCCCAGCCUUUUGAGUUUAAAAUCCAGUCAUUUUAAAUUCAUUUAAGAAAUAGUUAUGAAGCUCCUACAAUGAAUAGUGCACUAUGUUAAGUCCUGUAGAUAAGAUUCAGAAUCUGUCCUUAUUGGGUUCACAGACAUGGGAGCAGAUACAAAACAGAUAAAUAGAACAGACAUGUAAAAUGGGGCAGAGGGGUGCUUCCUAUCCACAGGAGUAUCUGCUUUACACUGGCACUAAAGUUUUCUGAAAUGCUCAGGGUGCUAGAUAUAUCAGCAGGCUUCCUAAUGGUGCUCUAAGCCCUGUGCUACUAGCUCAGUUGCAAGAGGACUGAGUAACUCUAAGGCUUAAGUUCCAUUCCAUAUGCUUGGAUGGAACCAACCUAGACCCCAUGGCUCCUGGCCCUUUCUUUAUUACCUCAGUUUGAGUUUCUGUCAAGGACUAUAAAUGGCCAGUGUCAGUCACUCUUCAGUCAUGUCCCACUCUUUGUGACCCCACAGGGUUUUCGACAAUGAUACUGGAGUGAUUUGUCAUUUCCUUCCCUGGCUUAUUUUACAGACGAAGAAACUGAAACGAACAGGGUUAAGUGACUUGACCAGAGUCACUCAGCUAAUAAGUGUCUGAGGCUAGAUCUGAACUCAAGAAGAUGAAUUCCCCCUGAUUCCAGGCCUAGCACUCUAUUCACACUGCCUCCUAGCUGCCCUACAAAUGGCCACAGUAACCAAUAAAUCCCUUAAGGCUCUGGUGGAGAUCUGAAUCUCUUUCCUGAGAGUCUUUACAUAAUUUUAAAGUAUUCCUUGCUCAAUGCAGAUGUGAGUACAUUUUGAUAAAAACAAAAUUGAAAUAAAGCACAGAAUCAGAGGUCCAAAGCAAUGAGGAUGCUCCUGAAUAGUAUACGAAGCUUCCCUGGACUCCCUUCUGUAGUGAAAAUAAAUGAGCAUUGUUGGCUUUGAAACUUUGAGCUGCUGGAUGGCCCCAAAUAUAUCUGAAGUCUAAAACUCUGCCCUCCGCCCAGCCCAUUCCUAGGGUUCCGUGUGGUCUUUCCCCGAUGUCCCCAGCUGUCUUUUUAGGGACGCCUCAUCCAGGAAUUCACUUUUAAAGUUCCCUGAAGAUAGGAAGAAAUACUCUUACUUCUAAGUAGCAGUUCUUCAGUCCAGUGCUACAAUAGCUCAUCACCCGGCCAGGGGCCAUUUUUGGCGUGUUCUUCUGCAGGUCUCAGCAUGCUUCUUUGUGUGCCACCUGGUGUUCCCUGGGUGGAGCUCCACAGUCAGAUGGGAAAAGCAGUCCAACAUGCCGCCUUAAUCCCAGCUGAGCUCACCUGCAAGCUCCCCUCCCAGCUCCCCAACCCUUGUCUGUCUCUAAUGUCUUUCCUGUGAAGCACAUGAGCCUCUUUUCAAAGUGUGCCAGAAGAACAACUUUAAGUGACUGCUUUUAUGUUAGGCACGCUGGCAGACCACCUUGGCAUCCAGCCUGCUAUUUUAGCCUAGAGAAGGUAGAAAAAUCCAGACGAGAAGAAAACCAUGUCCACGUGGAGGUCACCUGAGAGAUGCCCUGAGUGAGCCCUGACGGUGGGUAUCCAGAAUGGCCUCCAGGUGGGGACUGACUGAAUCUGGCUUUAAAAGAUGGGGAAGACAUGGCGAGACCUAGAGGAAGAGGCAAGCUAUUCCAGGGAUGGAGAGCAGUGUGAGGGAGCUGAGGCACAGAAGAGUAAGAGCCCCAGGAAUAAUUAGGGGGGCAGAAAGCAGGCCAGCCUUGUGGAGCACAGAGCAUGUGGAGGCCAGAAAAGUAGAAUAAUGGCAGACAGGGGAGGACCUUGUUCAGUGUAGACUCGGGUACAUUUUACAUUGAACAUUAAUUAGAGGAUUUUUCAACUUAGCUCAACGGACGGCAGGGAGCCCCUGAAGAUUUCUGAACAGAGGAAGGAUGUAGGUUAUGCAGAUGGCCUUAUAAAGAAAUGAUUGGAUUAAUUUAAAAUAAAAGAUCCAGUUGAGAAAAAGCCAUUAGCCUGUAUGACAUUCAUCUUCUCAAAUGCCAGAAGAGAGCACCUCAUUCUUCAUUUGCUCAUCAAUAAUCCAACCCUUUGCUUCUUCAUGAAUAUUUCAUUUUGUUGUAAUGAAGCCCGAAGAUAGAUUGAUUUAGGGUUCAGUGAGCUUGACAUUUUUUUUUGUAGAAUUGAGAGAUAAGCCUCUCCUAAUGAUGCGGGGUUAAUUAAAAUUAUGCUGUUUAUCUCUGAUAAUAACCCAAGACAACUGCGAUAUUUUUGUAAUGCUGUGAGAUCAGAUGCUGUUUUCAUGCUAAAUGUAACAAGGUUCAUUUUCAGGAACUGAUUGUAGUAUUUUCUGUGGAGAACAGCAGCCACUGAAAAGAGAAACAAGCAAAGGGGGUUAUCUUCAAGUGGGUUUGCCCUUUUUAAUUGCUUAUUAAUUGGAUAUGGCAGCCUAGACUUCUAUUGUUUUCAGUGUACAAUUCUGGGGAAGGGUUUUGGGUGGUGCUGGUGGAAAGGUGUUUGUGGUAUCUUCAGCAGGAAAUUGUCCACAGGCCUGAGUCCACAAAUGAGAUGCUCUUGUCCCUUCUGUCCACCGACUGUUGCGUGAUUUGACAUUUAUCAGGCUUGUGUAGAUAAUUUUCACAGCUGUUAAAUGCUUUAAAUUUAUUUUCUUAUUUUUUAAACCUUUACCUUCUGGGUGCAGCUGGGUGGCUCAGUGGAUUGAGAGCCAGGCCUUGAGACAGGAGGUCCUGGGUUCAACUCUGAUCUCAGACACUUCCCAGCUGUGUGAUCCUGGGCAAGUCAUUAACCCCCAUUGCCUAGCCCUUACCACUCUUCUGCCUUGGAGCCAAUACAGUGUUGAUUCUAAGGCAGAAGGUCAGGGUUUAAAAAAAAACAAAACAACAACCUUUACCUUCUGUCUUAGAAUCAUAGUAUCGGUUCCAAGGCAGAAGAGCAGAAGGGCCAGGCAACUGGAGUCAAGUCAUUUGGUCAUACAAGGAAAUGUCUGAGGUCGAAUUUGAACCCAAGAUCUCACCUCUCCAGGCCUGGCUCUCUAUCCACCAAACCCCCUAGCUGCCCUUAAUGCUUUCUAAUCAUUCGUAUAGUUCUUGCAGAUAACCCUGUUGUUGGGGUUCUUUCACAUGUCCAUUUUGUAUUCAUUUCCCCUAAUUUCCUUUGAUGGCACCGUGAAAUACAGAGCUAAUACCACUCAUGAGGGUAGAGGGUGGGAUGAGAUUUGCCUCUUAUUUGCGGCUUAUAAAGUAUGCAUCCUAUUCAGGGAAUUCAGAAGCAGAAGAUUGUCAGAAAGUUUAAGUGGCUUGUCUAAAAUCACCCAGGUAGUAAGUGGCAGCUUGUGUCCUCCCUCCACCACGAAUGCCAUUUAUUCAAAAAUUAGCUCCUUCAGGGUCUCGGCUCAAAAGCUUUUAGUGCAUUUGCGCAGAUAGAUUAGGGCAGCCAUCUUUCUGGUAGUUGAAGAGAGUGGAAAGAGCAGUGGCUGUGCCUUUGUGAGGAGGUGGAUUUUCAUUCUACUCCUACCCUACCCCUUGCAAUCUUAGGCCAGUCCUUUCCCCCCUGGGAGCAUCGUCUCUUCCUCUCUUGGAGAGAGGGACCGAAUGGCUCCUGAAUUUCCCUUCCUGCUCUCAAUUCUGUGAAAAAGGGACUCCUCUUCUGCUGGCAUCUGGAUGCAUUGUGAAAUGGGCGUCAUAAACAAAACUAGGUUUUCCCCCUUGGUUAAAUAUUUGGAUAAAAAGUAAAAUGUCGCGUUCUCCCACAUACUUCAAAAUGGAAGGAACUGGAUAGUGGGCUUCCAUUAUUUUCUUCUUGGAAUUGCUGUGGAUGGAAAAGCAUUCAUCAAUAAUUCAUAUCAGCAGCCUGCUAUGUGAACAGCUGCUUGCUUUCUCCACUGCACAGAGCAGCCUGCAGACCCUGCUGCACUCUCCAGGCAAUUGCUGCUGCAUUCAGCCUUAGGAGCAGUUCAUUUUAUCCCUUAGAAAUGCAUCUCAUGAUCCAGAACCAGCUACUCUGACCCCCAGGACACCAAAUUCAAUCUUGAAGCCUUCUCACUGAAAGUUAAUAAUGGCCCUGACCUGGGCUUCCUCCUGAGUGUCCGUGUUUGGAUCAUGUCAAAAUCUCCCUGAGGUUACGUAGUUCCUUUAAGGGGUCACAUGAUUGCCUCCCCCAACUAAGUCCGUGUCUGUGGGUAUGGAGCCCUCCUCCUCCCUCUGUUUAUUCUCUCUCUCUCCAUCUCUUUCUCCAUCCCUCUGCUACCACCAUCUCUCUCUC